GCCGGCCGAGCGCCGUCCGGACGGCGUCCCGGUGACGCCAUCAGGACGCGUCUCCUCGUCGCCGCCGCUUACUACGGUGGGACCCAGCGCCGCCAUGUGCCAGGUUGGCGAGGACUACGGGGACCCGGCGCCCGAGGGACCGCCGCCGCCGCCGCGGCCUGGCCUCCGAAGCCGUGAGCUAAAGUGUGUGAAGUGCAAGGAAGGCGUACCCGUUGUGGUGAUCCGAGCCGGAGACGCCUUCUGCAGGGACUGCUUCAGGGCGUUUUACGUGCACAAGUUCAGAGCCGUGCUGGGGAAGAAUCGGCUCAUCUUUCCAGGAGAGAAGGUGCUCCUGGCAUGGUCUGGGGGGCCUUCAUCCAGCUCCAUGGUCUGGCAGGUCCUUGAGGGCCUGAGUCGAGAUUCUGCCAAACGACUGCGUUUCGUGCCGGGGGUCAUCUACGUGGAUGAGGGAGCGGCUUGUGGGCAGAGCCCGGAGGACAGAGCAAAAACUGUGGCCGAAAUGAAGCUGGUCCUGCAGACCCUCGGCUUCCCGUGGCACAUUGUCGCCUUGGAGGAGGUGUUCGGUCUGUCGCCGUCGGUGCUGCGCUGCUCUGCCCGGGAGCCGGUGGGGGCCGUGGGGACCUACAAGGUGGCUGUGGACAGUUUCCUCCAGCAGCAGCACACGCUAGGGACCGAGAGGGCAGGGGGCAGCCCCAGCCCCACCCAGGGAGAGGAGCGGCUGAGCCCGCCUGGCACCCAGGAGUCCCAGGACCCGGCGGGGCCACCGCCAGCCGCCCAGACCGAGGCUCUGUCCCGACUGUUUGGCUCCGUGAAGACGCUGACGGCCAAAGAAGAGUUUCUGCACACCCUGCGGACGCACCUGAUCCUGCACGUGGCCCGGACCCAUGGCUACUCCAAGGUGAUGACAGGAGACAGCUGUACCCGCUUGGCUAUCAAGCUCAUGACCAGCCUGGCGCUGGGCAGAGGGGCCUUUCUCGCCUGGGACACGGGCUUCUCAGAUGAGCGUCACGGUGACGUGGUGGUGGUGCGGCCCAUGCGCGACCACACGCUGAAGGAGGUCGCUUUCUACAACCGCCUGUUUGCUGUGCCCUCCGUCUUCACCCCCGCCAUCGAUACCAAGGCCCCCGAAAAGGCCAGCGUCCACCGCCUGAUGGAGGGCUUCCUGCUCCGGCUGCAAGCCCAGUUCCCGUCUACCGUCAGCACCGUGUACAGGACGAGUGAGAAGCUGGUCAAGGCCCCCCGCGACGGCUGUGCCGCCGGCCCCCGCUGCCUGCUCUGUAUGUGCACGCUGGACGUCGACGCUGCUGACAGUGCCACGGCUUUCGGGGCCCAGACCUCCGGUUUCUCCCAGACGCAGCCCCCCACCCCGCGGGCUGGGGCUGGAGCACCCACGGAGGUGGGCGGCGCCCAGGACCGCUGCCAGGGGGCCGGGCCCUGCGGGAGGGAGGACUCCCGAGCCCGCGUCAUCGAGCAGCUGUGCUAUGGCUGCCGUGCGAAUAUGAAGGAUGUGCCCUCCUUGGACCUCCUGCCACCCUACAUCUUGGCCGAGGCCCAGCUCCGCAGCCAAAGGGCCUCGCAGGAGAUCCAGGAGUAUCUGGUGGAGAACGGCGCUGAGGAGACGCACACCGCCGAGAGCUGAGCCUGGGGCCACCAAGAGCCGGGGGCGCGGAUCGCAUAAAUAAAAAUACUUUUAAUUAGAAAACCCUACAGUACUCGUGGGGAGGGGAAGGCUGGACGCCCCAGCCCAGCGUGCCGGCCGCGUGGGGCCCUCGGGGACGAGGAGGUGCCCUGAGCCGGGCGGGGGAGGGGCCACAGCUUCCUUCCUUCCUUCGUUCCGGCAGCAGCAUCGGGGCCCGGCGGUGUGCCGGGCGGCUCCUUCCUGCCUGGGUGCGGGGCCCCGGCUCCUACUCCUUCUCGCGGGUCCACUUGAUCAUGGUCUCGGGCGAGCGGUACAGGAAGAUGAGCUUGGCGUAGAGCUCCUCCUCCAGCUCCAGCUCGCGCGUCUCCCGCACCAGGAAGAUGUCCUGGCAGAGCUUGAGGAUGCGGUCCACGCAGGGCAGCUCCUCAAACAUGAUGGAGUGGGAGAUCUCGCUGAAGAAGCCACGCACGAACUUGCCGAUGACCAGCACGAUGGACACGUAGAGCCCCAUGAUCCUGCCGGGCGGGGGCGGGGUGAGUCCCGGGCCGCGGAGGCUGCAGCCGCCGCCCGUCCGCCUUCGCGCGCAGCACACUCACCCGUAGCCGGCCAGGAAGCCGAGGCUGGGCGGGCUGACCUUGUCGCUGAAGAUGACCAUGGGGAGCAGGUUGCAUUCGGCCUGGCAGUCCUGCAGCUCGAUGACCCACCACUCCAGGAAGCCGGCGGCCCCCGAGCCCACGCGCUCCCUCCGCAGCUGGAUGCGCACUCCGAGGUAGUCGGCCUCCUCGUCUAGGGCAGGGCCAGGGUCCGUCAGGGCCCCCACCCUUGCCCGGGGUGGCGCCAACCCCCCACUCGCAUGCACUCGCUGUCACACACUCACUGGGCUGCAGCUGCUUCACGGGGUUGGCCUCGGGCCCGUUGGGAGCACGGAUGUACUUGGGGAAGAGAUUGGGGAUGACCCUGCAGGGAGAAGGGGGUGGGGGGAGUCAGGCCCAGCACCCCCUGGUGCCCCCUCCCCCACUCACACUGACUGGUCCCAGGUGCCCUCAGGCAGGCCCCGCCCCCCAGCGCUCUCCCCCACUCACACCGACUGGUCCGAGGUGCCCUCGGGCAGGCCCCGCCCCCCAGCGCUCUCCCCCACUCACACCGACUGGUCCGAGGUGCCCUCCAGCAGGCUGGCCAGCUGCCUCCGCUCGCUGCUAUUGGCAGCCAGGUCCAGGGUGUGCUUCUCGUUGGUGUAUUCCACGGUGCCGCCCUUGGCCAGGUCCCUACGGGCCAGGACACAGCGUGACCCACGGCGGGCCACACCCUACCCGGGUCCUGCCGCCAGGGUCCUGCCCCAGCCCGGGCCGCACCUCUGGAAGUUCCAGGUGAAGCGCAGGGUGAUGUCGGCGGUGCCGUUGUACAGCUCCCGCUUCAUCUGGGCCCGGCUGGGCGGGCUGAUGCGCCACAGCGCCCCGGAGCUGCCCUCGAUCUGCGCCGUGACGAUGUCCUCGGGGCUGUACUGGCUGAUGAACUGCAUGGCCAGCUGGGCCCGGGGCGGCACUUGAGCGAGCGGCGGCCCCCUCCACCCCGCCCCCCCGCCCCUGCAGGUGCAGCCCGGGGCCCACUCACAGGGUUCGGGUCGAAGUGUCUGGACAGCUCCUCAUAGGCCUGUUGCGUGAAGGGCACGAUGGACGGCUGCUGCGCGCUCAUGGUGAACAAGGGCUGCGGUGGGGGGACGGCGUGACGCUGCAGGGAGCCCCUCGGCCCCUGGCCGCCAGCGCCGCGUGGAACUCUAAAGAUGAGUGACGUGGGACUGGCCCACCGUCCUGCUCCCCGGCUGGGACAGACCGGUGGCUCACCUCGUAGCCACCCAGCUUGAGGGUGACGGUGACGUCGAUCGGCUGGUUGACGACGCCGACCACGGAGCGCACCAGGGACAUAAAGAGCAGAGGGAACCAGAUGAUGGCCACGAGGAACAGGAUGAUGAGCCCGCCCAUGCCGUACUUGACCACCUUCUUCUUCUUCUGCCCCUUGGGCUGCGGGUAUUUCUGGGAGGCGGGGUGUGGGUCAGGGCCUCAGCUCUGCCCGCCCCCCGCCCCCUGUCCCGGACCCCCACCCCCUGCUGCUCCGGGGGCCUUCCUCACGCGGCCACAGCCUGGAACAGCACUUAGUGUGGCCUCUGCGUGCACAGACACCGGCCAAGUACAGCCGAGAACCCAGAAACAGACCCUCGCGCCGAGCGAGGAAAGGAUAGGUUCGUCAACGGUUGUGCUGGGACAAACGGACACCGACACGCCAGAGAGAUGGGACGGUCAGUAAAACUCCCAGGGGCAAAGUUUCAUUCCUCAGGAUCUGGUGAGAGAUUCUCGGACCUCACACGAGCACCAGCAGAAAACUGGACGUCAGAGAAAGACUCCUGUGUCUCAGGGGAGGGGGAGAGACCGUGGAGAGACAGCCCGCAGAACGGGAGGCUUCGGGGCAAAUCCUGCCUGAGAGGGGCUAUAGCGUCCAAAAGUUCUUGUAAGUCAACGAUAAGACGACAGACAACCCAGGGACGCAAGGGGCAAAGCAGACGACAGGCAUGGGAGAAGAGUGUCACCAUCACAAGCCAUCAGGGCCACCAGAACCAAGACUGCACUGAGGCGGUCACCUCCCAGUCACAAGUGGUGGUGAGGACGUGGGGAGACCGGCAGCCCCCAUGCCGCAGGGGGUGGGAGCGGGGCGGCCGAGGGGCUGAGGCAUCCACAGCAACACUCGCUGCGAUCAACAAAAUAGAAGCCCAGCCUCCUUCACAGUUUGGAAUGGUGGCUAGGAAAGGUGGCUCAGUCACGUGAUAAAAAGCUGCUCGGCCAUGAAAACCCCAAGUCCUGACACAGGCCACGCGGACGGCGCUUUGAACCCCCUAGAACGAAAGAAGCCGGACCCGGGCUAUGGGGCACGUGACUGCAUGUGCACGAAACUUCUGCAACAGGCAAAUCCCUGCAGCGAGGGGUUCUUGCUGGAGCGCUGGCCCGGGUUUAGACCCGAGGGGACAGUGGCACAGCUCUGUGACCGUGCUAUGCGUCGCUGAAUUGUACAGGUGGAUGGGGCAGGUUCUGCGCCCACUGUCCCCCAGUAAAGCUGCUAAUGGGA